CGAAAAAAACAUUUUAAAAAAUCUCUGUAACCGUGGAGUGGUGAUCAGUUCUGGCUCCUUUAGCGCCAUGGACGCGGGAGCUCUACUCUACUCUCCGAAGUUCCUCUCUCUCGUAGCCCCGCCUGACAUCUUGGUCCGAAGUAAGUCUCUCCGCUCCGAUUCCUUUUCGGGAGCUCUGUUUCGGGCUCGCGUUCGGUCGCAAGAGCGGUGCAGUAUUUUCCGGGUUUCAGCCCGGACGAACGUGAAAGUUUACGCGGAUGUGGAAUCGAAGUCGGUACCGAGAUCGGUGAAGUCUGAAGAUUCGUUAGAUGACGUCGUUUUGCGGAGUGAUGACCAAGAGAGCUCGGUUCCGUGGUGGGAGGAGUUACCGAAACGCUGGGUUAUCGUGCUUCUUUGUUUUUCCGCUUUUCUGCUCUGCAAUAUGGACAGAGUUAACAUGAGCAUUGCUAUACUUCCAAUGUCGGCAGAGUUUAACUGGAAUCCAGCAACUGUGGGUUUGAUCCAGUCUUCUUUCUUUUGGGGAUAUCUCCUCACUCAGAUUGCCGGUGGGAUAUGGGCAGAUACAGUGGGCGGGAAGCUGGUGUUGGGAUUUGGGGUGGUUUGGUGGUCAAUUGCCACGUCUCUCACUCCUGUUGCUGCUAAACUUGGGCUGCCAUUCUUGCUUGUUUCUCGUGCUUUUAUGGGGAUAGGGGAGGGUGUUGCUAUGCCUGCCAUGAAUAAUAUAUUGUCCAAAUGGGUUCCUGUGGCAGAAAGAAGUAGAUCGUUAGCACUUGUGUACAGUGGAAUGUACCUUGGAUCAGUUACCGGCCUGGCAUUUUCACCAUUCCUAAUACAUCAGUUUGGAUGGCCAUCUGUCUUUUACUCUUUUGGUUCUCUAGGGAUAGUUUGGUUUUCCGUGUGGUUAAAUAAGGCACAAAGUUCACCUGUUGAAGACCCUCAGCUGCGGCCUGAAGAAAGAUCGCUAAUUGCCAAAGACUGUGCUUCUAAAGAACCUGUUAAAAUAAUACCUUGGAGAUUAAUCUUGUCAAAACCUCCUGUAUGGGCCCUGAUAGGAUGUCACUUCUGUCAUAACUGGGGAACUUUUAUUCUUCUAACAUGGAUGCCGACGUAUUAUAAUCAAGUUCUGAAGUUCAAUCUGACAGAAUCAGGGCUUUUCUGUGUCUUGCCCUGGCUUACAAUGGCAUUUUCUGCUAACCUUGGAGGCUGGAUUGCUGAUACACUUGUGAGCAAAGGUUUACCUGUAACCACAGUCCGCAAGAUCAUGCAAUCAAUUGGAUUUCUUGGCCCUGCUUUCUUUCUAACACAGUUGAGCCAUGUUAAUUCUCCUGCUAUGGCAGUUUUAUGCAUGGCAUGCAGUCAGGGAACUGAUGCAUUUUCACAAUCUGGUCUAUAUUCCAACCAUCAAGAUAUUGCCCCCCGAUACUCUGUAAGGCGUAUUACUUGGUCUAUCAAACACUGCUGGGGUUCUGGCAGGUGUCUUCGGUACAGCAGCAACCGGUUACAUUUUGCAACAUGGCUCCUGGGAUGAUGUUUUCAAGGUUUCUGUGGGGCUUUACUUGGUUGGAACUGUUGUCUGGAAUCUCUUCUCGACCGGUGAGAAAAUAAUCGAUUAGUUCUUGGAUGGUUUGAUAUGUAUAGCAUCCAGCAGCUCUGAGGCCCCUCGCAAUAAUUUAAGUUAAUAUAAGAGACCAAGAAUUGAUUGUGUUGAAAGAAGAUGUUAUCAAUUGAGAGAGUCAACAGGGGAAGAAUCGAAGGAUUCUUCAUUCAAGAUUCUUUGCUUUGGAGCACUGGCCAAGAUUUUGAUUCAUUGCAAUUCUGGAUAGCAAACAAGUAAAGCUUAGGGUUUAAUAGCACUGCUUCUGGGUUUUUGGUUGAAAUAGUUACGAGGCAUUCAGUGGCAAAAAGUAGAUGAUUUAUAAAGAAAUCCAAAACUAUAGCCUGUAAAUGUUGUAAUCCAAAGCCAAAACUAUACACACCAGAAUUUUUCUUCUUUUGUUGUGCCUACCUGCAAAUUCAAUGUUUCUUGAGUCUUAAACUUA